CCCGCGCCGGGCACCACCCGGGCACCGCCGGGCGAGGCAGGACUGGGGGCACCGGUCGAGCAGCACCCCAGCGCCAGGGGACCCGGGAGCCUCGGCGGGAAGGAGGGCAGCCCCGUUACAGGGGCCCGGCUGAGGCUCCCGGGCUACCGAGAUGGAUUUGGGUACCCGAGGAGGGAAAGGUGACCCCGGCCGCAGGGGCCGCGCUCCGCCAGAGCCUAUUAAUUUGGAACUAAUAGCGCUUAAUAGGAAUUCCGGGAGAAGCGGCUCUGGUUUGCAAAUGAAGGAGAACACGGCCAAAAAUUACCUCCCAGCUAAUUUUCUCGGGUCCGAAGCUGGCUGCGUGGCGAGGCAGCGUGAUACGGCAGCGAAACCCCACGGAGCAUCGCUGCCCUCCUAGCCAGCACCGGCCGGGGAUGGCGAAAGGCAGUGGGGGAGCUCGGGGCACCGGGGCCGUGCCCUGUCCCUGCCCCGGGGCCGGGCUGGUGUUCGCGGGUGGCCGCGGUGACGCUGGGCCGGGUGGUGCCCAGCACCCCUGGCAACGGGCUGCAGCUUGUCCUAAACAGCCAGCAAGCCAUGGGCAUGCACGGACGCCUCACCUGCCUCCUCCUCCUCCUCAGCCUCUGUGCCCCAGGGACUUUCGUCAGAGCAGCAGCCUUGCUUGACCUGCCCUGCGUGGUGACCCUGGGUGAGGAUGCAGUGCCAGGCACUAGUGUGGCUGAGGGGACCGUGUCCUGUAGUAACACAAGUGACAGCCCCAACGUAACCCUGCACGGCACUGAGCCCAGCCACCCCUUCAGCCUCAUUACCAGCAGCACUGACCCCAUGGCCAACACCACGUUUCAGGUGAUGCUGCGUGCUGGUGAGGAGCUCAAUGCCCACUGGGUGACCCUGUACACCCUGACCCUGCAGGCCACUUGUCCUGGUGAGGACAGGGUGGAAAAGCAGCUCUUUGUGUGGGUGAAAGAGGGGCAGGGGCUGCGUUGUGAUGCCCCGUUCACCAGUGCAGAGGGAGAUGUGGUGCGGGUGCUGGCAGAUGUGGCGCCUCGGACACCCCUGUAUGCUGUGAUGCCGCAGCCACUCGGAGGGCUGACGUUCAGGCUCCGAAACCACAACACACCACUCGUGCUCACCCACCAGGGCCUGGUGCUGGCACCUCCCGGUGGCUUUGACCACAGCAAGGGCACCCAGACAUUCAGGCUGGAGAUCGAGGUGAUGGACCGCAAAGGGCACAACUGCAGUGGAGCUGUGAGGGUGGAGGUUCUGCCAUCGUGCCGUCCUUGUGUCUCUUUCCUUGAGCCGCAGCAGGAUGUGACAGUGCCAGGGGUCAUUGGCCCCUUGGAGGUGGUCACACAGGUCCGUGCCAGCGGUGACAACGUCCGCUAUGCCAUCCUUGCACCCUUGGCACCCACCUUCUUCACCAUCGAUGAGAUGACAGGCAAGAUCCACAGCACCCAGCGGCUGGAGGUGGCCCAGGAGCAGCUCCUGGUCCAGGCUUACAAUGCACUGCACCCUGCCGACCAUGCUACCACCAUGCUCAACAUCACUGUGCAGGGCACGGAGCAGCGGGUGCCGAGCUGUGUCCCAGCCAUCUUCGUGUCCCAGGUGCCAGAGACAGAGCUCCCUGGCAGCACGCUGGUGACACUGAGGUGCACUGGCUGUGAAGGUGCUGAGGGGUGCCUGCAUUAUGCCCUUGAGGGGCCCCCUGCUUCCCAAUCCCACUUCCGCAUGGAGGGGCCACAGCUGCAGGUCAGCACCACCCCAGACUAUGACUCCAAGGCUGUGGCCAAUGUGGGCUUUCAGUUCACAGCCACCAUCGUGGUGACAGCAGGAGGGCAGCCCCCACGGAGCACCCGUGUGCCCAUGCUCGUGACUGUGACACCCGUCAAUGAAUUCACCCCGGUGUGCCCCAAUGCUACCACCUUCACCGUGCCAGAGACAGCAGCUUUCGGCAGUGCUGUGGGGCUCAUCGCUGGCACUGACCGUGACUACCCACCAGACAGCCUCGAGUACAGCCUGGAGGGGGGCCCUGCUCCUGAGCAGCCCUUCUCCAUCGAUGCACACACUGGUGAGAUCCGUGUGGUUGGACCCCUCGACUCCCGGCAGCACAAGAGCUACCGGCUGACGGUGCGGCUGACGGACACCCGCAAUGACCUGGACCCGGCAAAGCGGCGGAGCUGCCUGUGCGCCGUGACCGUACACGUGCAGCAGGCUGUGCUGGACCAGGUGCCGGUGUGCACCCCCGAGGUGCAGGAGCUGUGGAUCACAGCCAGGUCAGGUAGCCGCCAGCCUGUCACCCGCCUAGCAUGCCAGGGCAGCCGUGAUGGUACCACGCUGGCAUACAUCAUUGCUGGAGGCAACGAGGAUGGGUGCUUCCAGCUGGAGGGGAACACGGUCCUGUACCUCCCCAAUAACCUACCUGAGCCCCGCACCUUUGUGCUGCUGGUGGAGGUGUGGGGUGGCUCCGGCACCUCCCGCCGCAGCACUGUGGUGGCACUGGUGGUGCACAUCACCCCCCGGAGCACACCGGUGCCACCCAGCACCACGACUGAGCGCACGACACCGCUGAAGGAGCAUCUGGUUGUCACACAGAUGGAAGCAGUGUGGCACCCACCAGCCUGGUUCGUGGCUGUGCUGACUGUCUCUGGUGCCCUGCUGCUGGCUGCCCUGGGCUGCAUGGCCCGGAGCCUGCUGUGCAGCAACCGAGGCCCUGGCAAGCUGCUCCUGGGCAAGAGCCCCUGGGAUGUGGUGGAGAAGAAGGGGGAUGAGGGGGAGCAGGGCAGCUCGCAUGCCAGCAGCCUGGAGCAGUUUGACGGCCGUGCCCAGGACCCUCGCUCCCCCUUGUUCAGCGCUCCCAGGAGCAGCUGGUCGGAGGUGGAGCCGCUGGCUUUCUUAACGGGGAGGAAAAGUGAAUUAGCGCACAGGCGGGUAGGCGUGACACGCUGAAGGAGUUAGCAGGGCUCGGCGAACCGCGCUUUGAACGCUCUGCGGUCUGGC